GCUGCAGUUUGGAUCUUAUUCAACUCAGUACAUAACAGAAGGGGAGAGAGAGAAGGGGGGGGAGGAAAGGAAAAGAAAGGAAAAGAAAAAGGUAGGGGGGAAGGGCACCAGUGGCAAUAGCACUGAUAUGGGGGGGGGGGAGUAUUUUUAUUUUAUUUUAAUUUUCAGAGAGGAUGGUAAUAUUGUAGUUGCAGGACAAUGGGGGGAAGGUAAGGCUCCCUCCUCAAAAACAGACAAACUAAGAAACUAAAGGGGGACUAAGAGGAAAAGAGGAAUAAUAAUAAUAAUAAUAAUAAUAAUAAUAAUAAUAAUAAAAAGGAUUUUUUAAAAAAGUAAUAAUGAUGAUAAAAAAUAGUAAUUAAAAACAAAGUGUUUCCCCCUUUUAAAAAAAAAUAGAAAUGGGGGUAGAGACUGGGGUAAAAAUAAAACGAAAUACAGAAACUAGGGGAAAUAUGUUAGUGAGGGGCGGCUUGUCUGGUAAAAAUAAAGUAAAAAAUAUUGGGAGGGAAGGAAAGAGGACAACAGCAACAGCAAAACGUCCCCUCCCUUUUGGGGGGGUGGAAAAUGUGUUUUUAGGUAAUAUAUGGACGUAUUUUAAAAAUGGUGGUAAUAAUAAUUUAGCGAAAGGGCUGAAGAUUUAGGGAAGGGGGGAAGGAAAAAAAAGGGGAGUUGUUUUUUUAAAAGGGGGUUAAAAAUAUAUGAAAAGGGGGGGAGUUUUCUGUAUUAAAAAAAAGUAGAGGAUAGAGUUAAUGAGAAUAAUAUAAUAUAAAAAAGUUGCUUGGUAAUUUGUUUUUUUUAAAAAAUAGAAGAAAAAAGGGGGGGAGUAAAAAGCACUCGCACACAAAAAGGAAGUAAAAAAAAAUAAUUGAAAAAAGCAGGACAGGGUUUUGCGCAGCCUUCCUCUUGCUUUCUUCCUGCUUGGGGAGGAAGCUCGGGUCAGGCUCAGCCACGUGUCUUUUCACGGCUUCCCUUGCCCUCCUGGCAGCAGCAGGUGGGGCUCUGUGUUUGUUUUUUGGUUGUCCCCCCCCCUCUUUUCUCCCCUCUCCUCUCUCCUGGCUUAGGUCUCCGAUUGUCCCUGGGCAGUCGGCCGGGUGGAUGAGUGUCCUGGCUUUUGUACCUGGCAGCUCCCUCAGUUGCUGCGCUGGGCUCAACCGGUUCCUUGCCGGUUCUGGUGGUGGCAGCAGCAGCAGUCCCAGCGGUCCGGAACCAGCCAGGUAAACCCAAUUGAUUCUGGCUGGCUUCAGGAGAUGCUCGCUGCCGUGGCUUCCGCCAUGAUGCCUCGCCGGAAGUCACGGUACAUAGAUAUUUAUUAUUAAAAAAAACCAUUACCAACAAAACCACGAAAUGGAGUGGCUACGGAAGGAGACCUUGAAUUAGGAGAACUGUUCUAGUGGCAGUUGGUUCGGGUCACUGAGACAGCUCCUCCAUGUGUCCUUCCUGUUGUCCAAAGAUUGGCAGGGGAAAGGGAUGGAAAUGGAGAGUUGAACAUGGGGUAAAGCAGUCUUAGAUACAGUGGUAGCUCUGGUUACGUACGUAAUUCGUUCUGGAGGUCCCUUCUUAACCUGAAACUGUUCUUAACCUGAGGUACCACUUUAACCAAUGGGGCCUCCCACAGCUGCCGCACCGCUGGCACACAAUUCCUAUUCUCAUCCUGAGGUAAAGUUUUUAACCCGAGGUACUACUUCCGCAUUAGCAGAGUCUGUAACCUGAAGUGUUUGUAACCUGAAGCGUUUGUAACCCGAGGUACCACUGUACUUGAAAAUUGUUUAUAUGAGCACAUUUCCUCCCUUGCAAUGAGUUCUGGAAUAUUCAUAAACCAAAACAUGAAUAUUAUCUGGGGGGGUAAACAACUCUUUGUUUAUUUCCUGCAGACUUGCUCCAAAUGGCUGAGAAUGGGGCUGCCACUCUGGUCAUUGACAAUGGCUCUACGACAUGCAAAGCAGGUUUUUCAGGAGAGGACGCCCCCCGGGUGGUCUUCCCCAUGGUUGUGGGGAGGCCCAGGGACCAAGAUGCCAUGGCAGGCUUAGGGCAGGACAGUUACGUGGGGGCUGAGGCACAGAGCAAGAGGGGUAUCCUCACCCUGAAGUACCCCAUCGAAUAUGGCAUCGUCAGCAACUGGGAUGACAUGGAGAAGAUCUGGCACCACACCUUCUACAACGAGUUGCGGGUGGCCCCCGAGGAGCACCCAGUCUUGCUCGCAGAAACCCCCAAUAACCUGAAGAACCACCGUGAGAAGAUGACACAGAUCAUGUUUGAGACUUUCAACACGCCAGCCAUGUACGUGGCCAUCCAGGCCGUACUGUCGCUCUAUGCUUCUGGCCGCAUCACCGGGAUUGUCAUCGACUCCGGGGACAGUUUGACCCACACUGUGCCCAUCUAUGAGGGCUAUGCCCUGCCCUUCACUCAAAGGCCCCUUCCCUUUGCUGGCCAUGACCUGACUGACUACCUCGUGAAGAUCCUGACUGAGAGGGGCUACAACUUCGUCACCGCAGCUGAGAGGGAGAUAGUGCGGGACAUCAAGGAGAAGCUCUGCUACGUGGCCCUGGACUUUGAUCAGGAGAUGGCCACGGCCGCCUCCUCCUCCUCCUCCCUGGAGAAGAACUAUGAGCUGCCGGACGGGCAGGUGAUCACCAUUGGCAACGAGCGCUUCCGGUGCCCUGAAGCCCUCUUCCAGUCCCACUUCCUGGGCUUGGAGUGGGCUGGCAUCCACGAGGCAACCCUCAACUGCAUCAUGAAAUGCGAUAAGGACAUGCGCAAGGACCUGUAUGCCAACACGGUGCUCUCUGGUGGUAGCACCAUGUACCCUGGCAUUGCUGACCGGAUGCAGAAGGAGAUCACAUCCCUGGCCCCCAGCACAAUGAAGAUCAAGAUCAUCGCCCCGCCAGAGCACAAAUAUUCGGUGUGGAUCGGGGGCUCCAUCCUGGCCUCUCUCUCCACCUUCCAGCAGAUGUGGAUCAGCAAGCAGGAGUACGAUGAGUCUGGCCCAUCCAUCGUCCACCGCAAAUGCUUCUAACAAUGCAAGCAGCCAACCUCUUCUGGCCAAGUCAAUAUAUAUUGGGGCCUUGCUUUUAUCUGUUGAAUUCUGUCCUCUUGCAGGAUAUUUAGUAUUUAUCCAGUUCUUGAUUUGGCUCCUGCACUGGGCAACCUUUGUCCACCGCUUUGUCAAGGCUUGUCCACAGCUGCACUCUUAAUAAUAAUAAUAAUAAUAAUAAUAAUAAUAAUAAAUUAUUUAUACCCCGCCCAUCUGGCUGGGUUUCCCCAGCCACUCUGAUUGUGUACCACCUUCGCCCUUUCUUUUUUCUGAUUCAUGUGGAAUUCAGUACUUUAUUACUAUCCAUUUUCUCUGUCAAACAAAACAAGCCAAUAAAGUCAUGCUAAAUGAAGUAAAAA